GCAGUUCAGACAGGGAUGAGAAGCAGCUCUUUGCAUCUCUAGUGAAAGCAUUUCCUUGACUCGCCAAGUUGCCCAGAGGAGAAAUCGUCGGGAUUUUUUUUUUUUUUCAGCAGCAGUUUCCAGCAUCUUUCUGCAUCUCUUCUGUGUUUUUCUCCAGCGAGGACUCUCUGCCCUUCGAGAUUCUCAGCUCAGGACAAGCAGGUAGCAGGCACCAGUGAGGGGCUGGACAUUUUGCUCAACUCCUCUCCUUCUUCCCAAAGGAUCCUGAUUCUCUCGGAGAAGCUGAGAGCAGCAUUUCCAGCGAGGGAUUGGGAGAAAUUUGCCUACAACUCUCUCUGGGAUCCACGGGGACCGAAGAGCUCACUCUGCGGUGAUAUUUGAUUUUGGUUGUGUUUGUGUUGAAAAAGUCCUUUGAGGGGGGUUUAGAAGUCUCUGUGUGUCUUUUGGGAAGUGUUGUGGUGUUUUGGGAUUUUUUUUUAAGGUUUAGAAGGUUUAGAAAGCCAGAGUUUGCAGUGUUUGAGACUCACACUGUUGGAGCCAUGCAGCUGGAUAAUGUCACCAAUGCAGGCAUCCACUCCUUCCAGGGCCACCGUGGAGUUGCCAACAAGCCCAAUGUGAUCCUGCAGAUAGGGAAAUGCAGGGCAGAAAUGUUGGAGCAUGUCAGGAGGACCCACAGGCACCUCCUAACUGAGGUCUCCAAGCAGGUGGAAAGGGAGCUGAAAGGUUUGCAGAAGUCGGUGGGAAAGUUAGAGAAUAACUUAGAGGACCACGUCCCAACUGAUAACCAAAGGUGGAAGAAAUCCAUCAAGGCCUGCCUGGCCAGAUGCCAGGAAACCAUUGCCCAUCUGGAAAGGUGGGUUAAGAGAGAGAUGAAUGUUUGGAAGGAGGUUUUUUUCCGUCUGGAAAAGUGGGCUGACCGUCUGGAGUCCAUGGGUGGCAAAUAUUGCCCCGGGGACCAUGGGAAGCAGACUGUGUCUGUUGGGGUGGGAGGCCCAGAGAUAAGGCCAAGUGAGGGGGAAAUUUAUGACUAUGCCCUUGAUAUGAGCCAAAUGUAUGCUCUGACCCCUCCUCCUGGAGAGGUCCCCAGCAUCCCCCAGGGCCACGACUCCUACCAGUGGGUCUCUGUGUCAGAGGAUGCUCCAGCCUCCCCAGUGGAGACCCAGGUCUUUGAGGAUCCCCGAGAGUUCUUGAGCCACUUGGAGGAAUACUUGAAGCAGGUGGGUGGGACAGAGGAAUACUGGCUCUCUCAGAUCCAAAACCACAUGAAUGGCCCAGCUAAAAAGUGGUGGGAAUACAAGCAGGACUCUGUCAAGAACUGGGUUGAGUUCAAGAAGGAGUUCCUGCAGUACAGUGAGGGGACUCUCACUAGGGAUGCUAUCAAAAGGGAGCUGGAUUUGCCCCAGAAAGAAGGGGAACCCCUGGACCAGUUCCUUUGGCGCAAGAGAGACUUGUACCAGACCCUUUAUGUUGAUGCAGAUGAGGAGGAAAUUAUCCAGUAUGUGGUAGGCACCCUCCAGCCCAAACUCAAACGUUUCCUGAGUUACCCUUUGCCCAAGACCUUAGAGCAGCUGAUCCAAAGAGGGAAGGAAGUUCAAGGCAACAUGGAGCACUCUGAGGAGCCCAGCCCACAGAGAACCCCUGAAAUUCCAUCAGGAGAUUCUGUGGAGACCGUGCCUCCUUCAACCACUGCCAGUCCUGUGCCAAGCAAUGGGACUCAGCCCGAGCCCCCCAGCCCCCCAGCUACUGUCAUAUGAGUAAGUCCAAGGGAGGCAGGAGUCUGGGUUACAUGAAAAUGGGAUGAAUUUAGGAAGCUUCUCCUUGGAGAGAGGUUCUGGCUGAGAUGAGACAUGAGGUGUGCUCAGUCCAACACCCCAUAGCAGAGGAAUUCACUUUGCUUGUGGGGGGAGGGAAGCAACAGGGGAGAGGCACUUUAGGAUGUGGUUGCCCACCUCACCUGAGCCAUGCAAUACCCUGGUGCUGGAGACCCUUUUUGCACCACUGUGGGGAAAGGACGAUUUGAUGACAUCCCCCACAAGAAACUAAAGACAAUUCCCAACUUCAGAAGCAGCCCUUUAGCACUGGCAGCUUCCAAGGACUUCAAGUGCAGCAAUUGGCUGAGGGUUCCUAUCCAUCUGGAUCUCUCCUCCUUCUCUCCUCCCUCUUCUUAAGAGGUGUCCCUGCCCUGAAGAGACACCUUGCCCUUUUUUUGAUUUACCACCAGGCUUCUGUUCACCUGGCAAUCUCCUCUUACUUGCUCCAAAGGAUUAAACAAACUUUUUUUUAAUAUUUAUUUUUUUUCCCUAAGAAAUCCUGUGACUUCAGGAACCAAAAACUUGAGGAAUCUGGAUUGGUUUUAGUUAUUAUUUAGUUAUUAUUUUUCAUUUCCCUGCACCUAACACCUGCUUUAAUGGUUUUCCUCUCAAGAGGCUCUUACUGGUUUUCUUCUUCUUUUAGUUUCUGUUCACUCCAGUCAAGGGCACUGCAGUGCAGAGGCAGAUUUCAUCCUUUCUCUGCACUUCAUACUGUGCAUUCUGCUCACAAAUUAAAUUGGGAGCUCGUUUAUUGAAGUGGCUUCUUUUCAGAGAAAAGUCUGCUGCUUUUCAAUGAAGAGAGGUUAUCAAGGCAGAGAGAGAAGGCACCAGAGCAAUUUUGAGGGGGUUGGGGGAGGUAAGGAAAACAAAUCCAUAUACUUUGAAUGAAACAAACAAACACACCCUAAAUCCAGAGCAAAAUAUCCCCAGAGCAGCAAAAUCUGGUCCAUGCUGAUGUGUGGAGACAAGAGGAGUUUUUGCCAUGUAAAAGCAAAAAGAAGUGAAGAGAGGAGCUUUGUGUCCCAGGGCAGUUUCAGCCUGUGCAUCCCAACAAAGAGUUUCUACUCACACAGACUGACUCAAAAUGGUCUUGGAAAGCCUGGCAUCCUUGUCCUGGAGCACCUGAGGACAGAACCUUGUUCACAAAGCACUUUCUACAACAUCUUGCCAUGGAUGGAGGCAGACUUGGACUCUGUGACAUUUUCCAAGCUGAGACAGUAACGCUCAGCAGUCCCCUUGCUUUGGCACCUGCUGGUAGGACUUUGAGAUGAAACUGCUGAGAUAUAUUCAGAAAAUUUGCCUCUUCAAAGAGUUUUUGAGGCUGACAAUCUGAAAGAUCAUCUACACUCAGCACCAGAGAAAAUAAACAACGCCUCUGCAAGAGAUGCAGCAAGAGGAGUGCCCCUGGGAUGCUAUAGAAGUGACAAGUGGCACUGGUGGCUUGGAAGCCUUUGGUGGGACUCCUUCCAAGAGUCUGAAGUGACUCACCCAGAUCCUCCUCUGAGAAAGAAUCACUUCACAGUGCUCAGGAUUUGGAAGGAAAGCCAAAGAGAAAAAGAGAAGAAAAAAAAAAAAAAAAAAAAGAGCAAAAGCUUUGAAACCAAAACUACAACAUCAGAUCUGCUGCCAGGAUCACCCAGCCACCAACUGCUGGAAUCCACUGUCUGAAGGAAAGACUGGCACAGAAAUCCCUGCUGCUGUUGCUGAGUUUCCUUCUCUUUUUCCAAGAGCCCUGCUUUCCCAGGGGAGAAGCAAGUGCUGCAAGAAGAUAAAAGGCAAACCAAGCACCAAAGAGCCUCCCGUGCAGUGCAAUGCUUCAUUCAAGGUGCUGAGAUGAAAGGUGAAAGCCAAUUCCAACAGGAUGAAGAAGGUUCUGAGCUGGUGCAGGUACUCCAAGCAUGGAAGAACAAAAAGAAAAAACCAAGAGGCAGAAGAGAAGAACCAAGUCUGGGCUUUGGGGACAUCAAGGAUGCUGGGCUUGGACUGAGUGGUGAGAAGAUUGCAGCCUCUGCAGUUUGGAGCCACUGGGACUCACGGAGGGAAAUCUUCACUAGAUUUUCAGUAAAAACAAAACAGAAGCAAAAAACUUUCCUGUUUAACUUUGCCAAAUGACUGAGCCUACCUAGGCUAUGAACCCUCCACGCUGUCAAUGCUUUAACUCAUUUUUCCUGAGUUGGGGGUAGCCUCAUUUCAUGCGGGUAUCAGUUUUCAAACCUCAAAAAAGGGCUCUGGAGGUUUGGAGAAGCAUCUGAUGAUCCAGAUGCUUGUCUGAACUGCUUGAGCCUGCACAACUGGACCAGAAAGAGUCUUGUGAGACAGCAAGCUCCUCCUGGAUCUGCUUGGACCAGAGUUACCACAAGAACUUGGGGUUCUUGUGCUGGCUUUGGGGUGGCUUCUUCCAUCCAGACCCAGGGAGUGCAAAAGAGAAGAGCUCAAGUGAGCUGAACAAGACAAUUUUGGUCCUCACAUCUCAGCUUGAAGAGGUCCAGUUGGUUCCUCUCUCUUCCAGAGCCAACUGUCCUGGGUAUGAGUGUGUGUGUGUGUGUGUGUCAGGAGCAACCCAAUCCACCUGGAUUAAUUUUUCUGGUGGUUUGUUGCAUUUGAACUAAGCCAAUGGGACCUCAUGUGCAUUCCAACAACGCUCAGCAAAAAUGUCCAGGACUGGAAAAUGAGAUAAAACCUUAUAAAAGCAAACUUCAGACACUAUCUUGAGGUCAAAAUGAUGUUAGAGUUUGAGGUGCUUACUUUCCACAGUCCCUUUCAAGGGACAUGACUGCCUCAAGAGGUAUUUUAUUUUUUCCAUAGGCUUGCCUGCUUUUUUAAAUGAAUUAACCUAUCUGUGCUACUUGGUCAUUUGGUCCUGAGGUUUAUACAUUUUCAGCUGGCUUUUUGGAGUGUGCAGAACUGAAUCUCCUGGACUGAUUUCAUUUCAAUUAUUGCUCCUAGCAGAUUGGAGCUUUACUUGUAGCAGGCUCUCCAGGAAGGACUGAUAGUUUAUUUUCCUGGGGCAGAGUGAUGUGGAUGAAUGAUGUGAAUGUGUAUGUCUUGUGUCUGUGAAAAUUUAGCAGAUUUCAACCACUGGAUUUUUUUUUUUUCCUUAGGAUAUUUUACAUUUGACUCUGAAAGAACUGCUUUAGAAUUUUUAUUUUUACUAGAGGUAUUAUUAAUUCAAAUAACUUUGUCCAAAAGGCAAAAACGUUGAAUUCCUGCAGGUUAUAGGGGCUGAAGCCAAAAGGUCUUUGUAAGCCAACAUCACUUGCCCAAGAUCUGACUGUAUCAGGCAGUUUAUUCCUCAGUGUGUCAUGUUGGAGCUGCAAGAUCACACCAAGCCACUACAACCUGUCAAUAGAAUUGUGCUACACAAUUUGCUAUUGUAGCAAAGCCUUUUGUAGAUUUAUACAAUAAAACUUUGAAAUUUCUGCUU